AUGUCCUUUGCUGUCGCGUCCCGCCGCCAUGUCGUGAUCGCACCGCUCCCCCGCAAUUCCACCCCGGACAUAUACAGCACCCGGAUACCCAACUAUCAUACAAGCAAUACAAUUGAAAUGGCGGAAGAAGUGAAACUGAGUAAGGACACGUUGGCGCUCUUCAAGCACUACUCGGGCUGGGAGGACAACGAGCGUGUGAAGCAGAACAUCAUCAAAGUCCGCGAUGAAGCGUUGGGUAUCUACGCAUAUCCCUGUUUGCAACGCAACAGGUUCUUGGAGAGCCGCAUGAAACAGCACUUUUACUAUAACACCUUGCUGCAAUCGUGUGAGAACGCAAUCGCAUCGGGCGGGUCUCUGAAGCUUUUGGACGUCGGUUGCUGCUUUGGCACUGAUGUUCGUCAACUCGUACUCGAUGGAUUUCCGGCUCAUGAAAUUACGGCACUUGAUAUGAGCCAGGAUUUCAUUGAUCUCGGCUACAAGUUGUUCCACCAUGGCCCGGAAUCCCUGCCGGUGAGGUUUAUCGCAGCCGAUAUGUUGGCGGAUGAUUUCUGGGAAAGCCAUGGCGAUCUCAAAGGUGCAUUCGACGUGGUAUACACUGGCAGUUUCUACCACCUGUUUGACGAGGCAGAGUGCGUCCAAGUUACAAAGGUCUUGGCGGCUCUGACUAAGCCAGGCGGAGCGGUGUUCGGCCGGCAACGUGGACAUAAAGACACAGAUGAAGCGGCAGCUGGACACAUGCAGUACAACAACAAACCCCGCAAGCUCUAUUCGCCCAAGUCCUUUGCGACAUUAUGGAAGGAGACGGUCGGAUGGGAGAAGUGCGAGGCCAGGACCACGAAUGGCGAAGGCGACGACGGAUCACGGGAAGCCUCGGAGCGCGGUUUUCUGGAAUGGGUGAGAACAGCCAAGUGGGGCUCGGGUACAGAGUUCAGCUACGGAGCUCAGCUACGGAGCUUGGGUAGACAGCGACCUACCGAGGCAGUACAAGGACAAGGCAAGACGGCUCAACGACGAAGGGUGCUCCCGCUCACCUCACCCGCCAUGUUCUCCUCCGCUCCGUCCUCCUCACAGAACCCCGCUGAUCGGCCCAGCUCGGCUGCGUCGUCGUCCACCACAAGCCGGUCUCCGGGCUCAUCAAAGAAGCAAAACCCCUUCAAGCGGCUUAUACAGUUGAGCAGAUCAUCAUCCUUAAUCAAAUCUGCAUCAUCAUCUCGCCCUUCGUCUCGCCAGCAGGAAUACUAUGGUCAUCCGCUUCCAUCUUUCAACUCUUAUCCGACCGAUAGUUUGCACACGCCGGCCGGCACACCCACCGUCGAACACCAAGAAAUCGUCUUCGAUUGCGUCGAAUAUGUCACCGUCGGAGGCCGGUUCAUGCCGGUCAAGCCGAGCAAUCACUGGAGGAGACUGCCCACAGAGUUGAAGCUGCAGAUCUUGAGUCAUCUCAGCCCGAGUGAUCGAAUGGCUGCGUCUCGUACUUGCAAAGACUUUCAGAAACACUGUUCCGACGGAUCGCUUUGGUCUACAUUCGACACAAAGACCUUCUACAGCAAGAUCUCUGCCGAUCAGUUGGUCAAGCUGAUUGCAUCCGCCGGAUCAUUCAUCCAGGAUCUGAAUCUCCGUGGCUGUGCGCAGCUUCGCGAGAAAGAAGUCGAUCUUAUCGCACAUGCCUGCAGAAAUCUUUCCGCUGUGUCUCUCGAGGGAGUUCGUGCCUUUGAUGGCCCCGCGCUCAGUCACCUUCUCACGCGCAACUCGCGACUCCUCCAUCUCGAUGUGUCGACACUGAACUGCGUCACGAACAGCACGUGUCAGCAGAUAGCUCUCGCAUGUCCAAGACUCGAGACAAUAGACCUCAGUUGGUGCUCAAACGUCGAUGCUCGCGGUGUUCAACGCCUUCUACAAGGAUGUUCGCAGAUCAAGAGCUUGGCGAUCUGUGAGUGCACGGGAUUCAACCAGCCAAGAGCAAUGCUCGCUCUGCACGAUUGUGAAACGCUGGAACGUCUGCACAUGAGCGGUUGCACUGACUUGAGCGACGACUCGAUUAAGGUCUUGAUGGAAGGAUUGGACGAGGACAACUACGAUCUUCCACCUCCAAAAAGGUUGACGCACUUGAAUUUGAGCCGUUGCAAAGACCUUACGGAUGCGGCUUUGCGUUAUAUGGCUGGUCCGUUUGCCAACCUUAAGAAACUCGAGAUGGCAAAUCUGCCGUCCAUCACAGACAACGGAUUGUGUGUCCUGUUAGGAACGCUUCCGAGUUUGACGCACCUUGACCUCGAGAACUGCGCACAACUGACCGACCGCACUUUAUCUGUACUUGCCAUGGCUCCAUGUGCGCCGCAGCUUAAGCAUUUGCAGCUGUCGUAUUGCGAACAGGUCACCGAUGUUGGCGUGGGAGCGAUCCUACAGGAAUGUGCCGCCCUCAAGCAGCUCGACCUCGACAACACGAAAAUCACGAACGCCGUGCUCGCAGACGCCGUACGUUUAGUUCGGCACAGACCACAGGGCUCGCCCCACCUUUGUCUCGUAUGUUAUGACUGCGCGAAUGUCACAUGGGCUGGCGUUCGCGAGGUCCUAUCCCUCAACGCCGAAAUCAAGCCCACUUCCUCAACCAACUCCAUCGUUCGCCUCAAAUGCUACUACGGCUGGCAAAAAGUCGUCAACGCGCACACACGCCGUGUCCUCCGAGGUGACAUCGCCCAGGCAAAUCAUAUCGAGAAAGACUGGGCGGCUUGGCAGAUGUGCGACGAGGAGAUCACAGCCAGCGGGAACAUGAGCAGGUACAGGGAACACAGAAGGCUAGGAAGACGUCGUCUUGUCGAAAUCGGCGAGCUGGACCCGGCGCAAGUGGAGAGCAGACGAAGUCGCUGCAGCAUCAUGUGA